GAUUUUUUUCUUCUGUUUCCUUUCUAGUGCAGAGGCGCAGGACGGAAAUUUUGAAAAGCUGAGCAGGAGUACUGUAAGAGUUCAAUAGCAAUUCAUUGGGAUUACGUUUUUUCACGGAUACAGUAGCAGUGUAGUUCAGGUAUUCAGUAUGGAGUCAGCUGUGCUUCAUUACAGUCUACUGUUAGUAGUACUCUUUACUUAUCUAAGUAUGGUGGAAGGCAAAAAAGACCUUUUGCUUUACUGUGGAGCAUGCAAAGCACUGGUAAGUGAACUAGAAUAUGACAUCAGCAAACUGGACCCUAAGAAGACAAUUCAGGUUGGAUCAUUCAGACUUAACCCCGACGGAACACAGACAAGGAAAGAGAUUCCAUUAGCUAGAUCCGAGACUCACUUGACAGAGUUGCUGGAAAAUGUGUGUACCAAAAUGAGUGACUAUUCCUUGUAUGUGGAUCCGGAAACUCAAGAGAAGAAUUAUAUCAGAUUUGCUCCAAGGGAUAAUGAGCAAAUGGGAUCUUUUGAUUUUAACAAUUUCCAGUUUAAUCCUGAAAACUCGGAGCACAUGAAGCACGCGUGUGAAAGCAUAGUAGAAGAGUAUGAAGAUGAAAUAAUUUCGUUGUUUGCCCAAGAGGCAGACCAUGUGGCUGACAAGCUCUGCAUUGAAAAAUCAGACCUGUGUGCAAGAAUACCCUCUUCGCAUUCAGAACUGUAGUUUUGAAGGAACAUAUGAACUCUUGAAUCCUAGUGAAUUAAAAAUUACUGUGACUGCCUGAUGUGCCCUGAAAUGCUGCACUACCUGCAAAAAAAAAAAAGAAACAUAAUAUUUCAGUAUGCAUCUUAGAAGAUAAUUCAUUUGAGUGUUAUAGGUCUUGUUAGCAUUAUCCGUUUGUGCUCAAAGUAAUUAUCUUAAUAAAACAUUUUUCAAAAGAGAAA